AUGAAAUAUUUCGAAUACUUUAGAGCGUUAAUCAUCAUUAUAGUUUCAUUUUGUUCGUUGGCUUAAAAUGUCAAAUAAACUUUAUAAUUAUUAGACGAAUAUGACCCUUAUUAAAAAUUAGUGACUCAAGUUUAAAAUACAAGAACAGGGUAUGGAAUUUGGUUUAAAUUUAUUGCCUUUAAAAGGAUCUUCUCAACUCAUUUAUUAACUGAAGGUUUAGAUUCAAAUGAAGAAGUUAAGGGAUAUAUAAUUUGUUUGUCUUAAGGGGAUUAAUUUGAAAUUUUAUUAUACUUUAUGGAAGAUUUCAAUAAUAACCUGAUAAAUUUAAAAUUCAUUAUAAAUACAAAUCAGGAGUAAUUGAUUAAUUAUAAAUAUUAUGAUUUUGAAGGCAUUUGGAUCUAUGCUGCAGUUGCAUUAGAUCCUAUUCAAAGCUCAAUCGAAGUUUACUUAUAUAAUGAAUAAGCUUUCAAUAAUUUCAUUUACAAUAAGUUUCAAUUAACAACCUAAAUUCCUUAAGUGGUCAACAGUUUUUUGGGAGGAUAUGGAAGAGUAUAAAACAUGAAUUUGCUACCCUUUACAGCAAAAUAAUCCGAAUUUCAAAUAAUUGAAGUGUUCGACUAGAUUGGGAGUAAUUUUUAAUAGUUUAAUCAGAAGAUUAUUGAGGGUGGAAUAUUUGAAAGAAUCAAACCUUAAGAAUAAAGAAUUCUAUUAGUAGAUGAUCAAUAUUUUAAUGGAAAUAACUAUUUAAAAAAGAUAAUCUUUUUGGAAGGUUCCUCAUUUUUACUUUAGGGGUGGGUAAAAUUAAGCGAAUAAGUCGAAGAUUAUGGAUUUAUACUUGCAAGUAUAAGCUAUUCAUAAUUGCAAUACUCCAAUGUCUACCCAGGAGAUGAAAUCUUAUCACUACAGUAUCAAAUUUCAACCAGUGGUCAAUUAAGCACAUAAUUCACUAUAAAUACUUAACUUAACUAAAAUCCAAACAUUUACAAACCUUAUUUUUAUUGCGGAUACGAAGCUGGUAUCUAUGGAGGACAACCUUAAGUGUAUCAUCAAUUAAUAUCUUGGCAUUAUCUAUAAUUUCAGUUAGGAAAUAAGGAUUAUACAUCAUCUAUUCAUCUCUACUUUUCUUAUGAUUAAACUUUUGUAGGAGGGAAUUUUUAACCUAAUUUUUAGCCUUACUAAUUUUCCAAUGUUAAUGCGAGUAUCUAAAUAGCAGGAAUUAAUAAAUACAGAACCUUCAUGAAUGGCUAGAUGGCAAAAUUAGAAUUUAUUCAUAGCUAUCAAGGGUUAAAACCAUUUAUUUUAAAUUGCCAUCCUACUUGCUUUGGCUGUGUCGGUCCUUAUGAGAACUAAUGUUUGUCUUGCAAUCCUAUCUAUAAUAGAGUAUUCUUGCCCUUUAAAAACUUAUGUGCUUGUGGUAUUGGAUACAUAGAAUCAUUGGACAGCCUGGAUUGCAUAUCGAUUGUACAAAAUUAUCAAACUGCUGUGAUUUUCUUACAAAAAGAAAAUGAAAAUGAUGCAAUAAAAUGCUAGUUAGGAUAUUUUGAAUUUAUGAAUUCAUGUUAUCCAUGCCCAUUUGGAAAAUUACAGCUUAAUUGUUUAGAUUGCAUAAAUAAUUAAAAGGAAUGGUUCAAAAACCCAAUGUGUAAUUGGGAUUUCAAUUAAAUUUAUUUUUCUUUUAGAUAAGCUCAAAGGGAGUAAGAAUUUCUAGAUUUGUAUCUGAUCAAUUAACCAUUUUCAAUGUAAUUAUGCGAUGGAUGUGCAGGGUUUUGUACUCCUAUUGAAUCUGAAUGUAAUAAGCUAAUAGGAGCAUAACAUUUAGGCUAGUAUGUAUUUGUAAAAUGUAAAUCAAAUUUUAAAUUUAUUAAUGGAGCUUGUAAACUUAAUCCUCCUUUUUGUUCACAAUAGAAUGAAUAGGGAAUUUGUAUUGAAUGCCUUUCUUAAUAUUAUUUUGAUUUAGAUUAAUAAAAUUGUGUUGAAUGCCCACAAGAUUGUCAAAGAUGUCGUUAUGAUGAAACAAUUAACAAAGUACAAUGUGAUAGCUGUUUGGAUGAGAGCUCUGUAAUUGUAAAUGGAGGGUGUUCAAGGUGUGGUUUGAAUUGCAAAACUUGUUAGAUUGAUUUCAAUCUUAAGAAAAAAGAAUACUUCCUAAGAUGCUUAGAAUGCAUAGAUAUGAAUAAAUACUAUAUAAUGUUCAAUGCAAUAGAUUGUUUAGAAAUUAAAAUUGAUUAUUGUUUAUAUGGCUAUCAAUAUUUAGAGACUGAUCAUUCAAUAACUACUAUGGAUAUAUUUUUUGAACCUCAAGACUUUGAUGAAAAUGUGAGGGUUGGAUGUGCCAGAUGUAUGGAUGAUUAUUUUACAUACUCUCUCAUUACUAAUUAAUGUGUUUAUACUUUCUAUCAAUAUUAAAUGUGCAAGCAAUCUGUUUUUGAUUAUAGCGGCACAUAUAUUUGCCUAAUCAUUUACAAUCAAGUUCUUAUCAAUUAGAAAAUAUAUGAAUAAUUUCUUUACUGCCCAUUAAUUGAUAAAUGUAUAUUGUGUCUCAAAAUCAAUGAUAUUAAUCAGGUUUGUUUGGAAUGUAAUUUUGGAUAUUAUGCCUCUUAUACCGGAGUCUGUAUCAAAUGUCCUACUGAACUUAAUUGUUUCAGGUGUACAUAGAAUUUAAAGUAAUAUAACGAUAAUUUUCGAAAAGAUCUUAGAGCAUUUUAUAAGUUUUUUGUUGAAGAAAGCAAUCAAAAUCACUUUUAUAAUGAUUAUAAUUAAAAAUUUUAGAAAGAAUAAUAUAUGGUAUAAUGCACUUAAUGUUUAGAAAAUUAUGAGUUGUAUAAUGGAAAAUGUAUAAAAUCAUGUCCUUAAUAUUGUGAAUCAUGUAUUAAAAUUAAUGAUGAAAACGUAUGUCAAUCUUGCCCUUUUACUUAUUUGGGCAAGAUUCUUUCAGUAGUUGAUGAUAAUUGUUUGGAAUGUCCCACCUAUUGCUAAAUUUGCAUUAAAAGAAGCUAAUCAGAGGUAGCUGCUAUAAAUCCUUAUUAUACAAGCUAAUCUCAAAUAUAUUAGAAUAUCUGUAUUAAAGGAUUUUCAUACUUAUAUUUUUAUGAUGAAGAUCUUUAGAGUUUUUAAGACUGCAGUUCUAACCCUCAUCAAUAAAAAUGCUUUAAAUCGAUAACAAUAGAUGUCAAAAUAUACUGCUAAGAUGAUUUUGUUUCUUAUAAAAAUUAAAUAAACAUAAAAGAUUUAUUCUCUUCCAACAGUGAAAUAGAUCAUCUAUCUUAUUUUGAAAAUGAAAAGCUUUAUUCUUAUGCAAAUAAAAAUACGGUUAAAGAAUUAAUUUAUAAUUUUGAAAUUGUUGAUGGUCUUGAACAUUCUUGUAAAAUUCCUCAGGAAGGAUAAUUUUAAUAAAGUAUGAGCAAAAAUGUGUUUUCCGCAAUCUUAAUUAAAUUGAAUUUCUACUCCUCAUAAUAGUCAGACCUUUUAAUAUUUGAAAAUUUUUAUUUGUUAGGCUUUACUGAAAUUAUCAUUUCUAAUAUAUCCUUUAUAUCAUCAUCUAAUCUCAUAGCUACGAUAAUUAUUGAUUCCAAAUUUAACCUAAAAACAACGUUUUAGAAUGUGAAUUUUGGAUCCCUGAAUAAAUAGUAAUAAAUUAUAAUUUUUGCGAGAAGUUAAUAAUCUAUUGAAUUUCGAGACAUUUAAAUUAUAAAUUUACUCUUAUCUGAAAUGAACUCUCAAUUUAUUUUAAUUAAAACUAAUUAACAACCAUCCUAAUUAACCUUAGAUAAUGUUAAAUUUAUAAAUUGUGAUUUUAUAAAUAUAAUCUUAUUUAACAUAUUAAAUUAAAACUCUAUCAAAAUCAACAUUUCAAACUUAAAAAUCACAAAUAUGGUUGUUAAAAACUCCACAUACAUUAAACUCUCUUUUUAUGGUCUAAAUAAUAUUUUGAUGCAAAAUUUGGAUUUAAAUUAAUUAAUUAUUGAUUCCACAAUAUUUUUUAAUCUUAAUUAUUUCUAUUAAAUUUAAGUGAAAUAAGCCCUCAUAUAAGAUUCAACCUUAAUAAAUACGAUUUUAUUUUCUCUAAAUAAUUUUAUUGAAAUAGAAGACAUUACUCUAUCUGGACUAACUCUCUAAUCCUAUAGUACUUUGUUUUAAGGUGGCAUUUCUUAUAUUAAUGAACCGCAGUUCAUUUUGGACAAGAUAAGUUUUAAUCUUAUCAAAUAUGAAAAAGAAGUUCCUUUAAUCUAUGUGAAUCAGGAAAACUAGUAACCAAUUUAAAUUUAACUUUUGAAUAUUUAAAUUUAGAACUCUUAAAUAACUUAAAUAGAAUUAUUAAAUGAAAUUGAUAUUUCAAAAAAUAAAAUUCUAUUGUCUUGUAACUUAAUAAAAAUCACUAACUUUUUAAUAAUAAGAGAAGAAGAUUUGCCAGAAAUAGCAAUACUGAAUUCAAUCGAAGUAAUUAUUGAUAAUUUGCAAAUAAUUAAAAGAAAAAGAGAAUAGUUUUUAAGUUUUAUCUGUUUAGAUUCUUCCAAAUUUUAAUAGGAAUAUUCUCUCAUCUCUUUUUUUGAAGUGAGAAAAAUUACUAUUCAAAACUCGAUUUUCUCAAAUAAUACUUUAUACAAUCAAGGAAUUAUACAAAUUAUAUAUGACCAAAAGAUGAAUUUAAUUUAAGAGAUUCUGUAAAAACUAAUUAUAAUCAAUCAGGUAAAGUUUGAAAGAAAUUUGCUUUUAAAGAAUCUUAAUUAAAAUUCGCUCGGACUUAUAAGUAUUAUCGAUUAAAACUAAAUUGUUAUUCAUUUCUCUUCAUUAAUAUUUCAAGGGAAUUUAUUGAAUGAAUUUUAGGAGGAAUCCUAAAUUGCAUCAUCUUUACUCAUAGUUGCAAUUGCUCCAAGAGGAUAUUUUUCUUUAAUUACUUCUUCCUUGGAGUAUAAUUUAAUAUUGAAUUCCACUGUUUCAUUACUUUACAUCAACACUCAAUAGUUAAACAUCGCUUAUACUCUUUUUAAUAAUAAUAAUGUAAUGAAUUACACAACAUUAAAUUAUUUUAUAAAAGAUCUUUCAACUUCUAUCACAUCAAUUUACACUCAAUCUGGCAAUGGAUACUUGAAAACAUCAUCUCUUGUAGUAAAUGAUGUGCAUUUGAAUACUUCAUAAGGAUUUUAUGGAGGAGGAUUUCAAAUAAGCAGUUAGAAUAUUUCUACGUUAACAAUACAGAAUUGCUAAUUUAGUAAUUUAUCUAACUUGAUUGAUAACUCUUUAUCCUAUGGAGCUGCCAUAUAUCUAGAAAUACAAUCAUAGGAAAUACUAAUGUAAUUCAUCAACAUUUCAGUGAGCUAAGUUUUCACGUAAAAUCUAGGCGGAUUUCUUUUUAUCAAAUCUUCAAUUUAUCAAAAAAUACAGAUUGAAUUUUAAAAUUCUUUUUUUAAAGAUAAUUAUGCAGAUUUAGGAUCAAUUCUAUAUUUUGAUAAUUCUAUCAAUUCAAAUGAAUAGCCUUGCAAGUUAAGUCUAAAGGAAAUAAUAGUUGAGUAAUCAGCUUAUUAAACAUACUUUGAAAACUUAAAAUUUGAUAAUUAAAAUUAGAUAGAUAAUACUUUAGCAAAAUAAAGGCAAUUAAUAAAUUUGAAAAUGUGUUCUAUUGAAUUUAAAAAUUCAUAUUUUGUAAAUCUAAUAUAAGAGGGCAUAAUAUCUGUGGAACAAUCCUCUGAAAUUAUUUUAGCUAAUCUAUUAGUUGACAAUGCAAACAUAGUUAAUCAAUAAUUAAUUAAUAUUGUAAGCUAUAGUGACAUUCAGUUAACAAAUAUAUAGGUGCUCAACACAUAAAACAAUUUUAACUAUAAGAGUAACAGAUAGAUCUGUAAACUUAGCUCUACUAAAAUUAAUGAUUGUACUUCAAUAUCAUAAAUGACAGAUUUCAUGAAACAGAUAGAAUGUUCCUAAGAAUUAUUGAUAUUUUCAUCCUAAUUAUCUGCAUCUACCCUAAUAAACAUUGUGCAAUAAAUUACAACGAAAUCAAUCUUUUUUAGAAACAUUACAUUUAUGAACAAUCAAAUAAAUGAACUAAUUAAUAUUAAUGCUUUAAUUAAAUAAUAAAAUGUAUCCUAAAUAGUUAUGGAUACACUCUUCAGUCAUUCAAAUUUAUGUUUAAACUCUUGCAUAACUAUACAACCAAUAUCAUAUUAGCCAGAUGAGAAGAUAGUGUCAAAAGAUAUAUUAAUAUCAAACUAUUAUUGCUUAGAGAAUACAGCCUUAUAAGGAUGUUGUUUGAAUACUUAUGAAUUUUCAAUAACUGUUUUAAGGUCAAAUUUUAUUAAUAACACAGCAAAAUACAAAGGAGGAGCUGUCUACUAUGAAGGCAAGAGUAUAGUCUUUAAACAGUCUUAAAUUUAUUACAAUAAAGCUGAAUAAGGUGGAGGAGUCUUUACAAAUAUUUAGUUGCCUAUAUUCAUAGAGCACGAAACCUUUAAGGCAAACCAAGCUAGCUAUUUUGGAAAUGACAUUGUUGAAAUUCCAUCAAAAUUAGGAAUUACUGUUGACAAUUAUAGGAAUAUCUUAUUCCCUACAGAUUUGAUGAAUAAUUAAUCAAUUCAAUUAGAUUAAAUAAAGAUUCAAAAUUAUUCUAUGUUUGAUGGAAGCAUUACUAGUUACAUAUACUUUCCAUCAGGAUAAUAAAUUGGUUAGUACUAGUAUUUUGAUCAGAAAUUGAAUAAAUAUAUAAAUGCCAAUUAAACUUUGAGGGUUGUUGCUUUGAAUAGAUAAAAUGAUAUAAUGAGAAAUCUAAGCAAUUUCUACUGCACAAUAUUUAGUGAUGAUUCUUAAAUCUAAAUCAAAGUUAAAUUCAAUGAAUCUUCUUAAGAUUUUGAUUUUGAUGAUCAAAUUUUUACUUUCACACCAUACACUGAGUAACCUUUAUUAUUAAAAAUCAAAUGCAAUUGUAUUAAAGUCUUAAGUAACACCAUAACUAAUUCAUAAAAUUACUAACUCCAAUUCCAAGUCAAGACUUUCACUUGUAAAAUAGGAGAAAUCUUUGAUCGUGAUCAAUGUAAGGCUUGUGACUACACUUAAGAUUUAUAUUCUGUAAUAAUCAAAUCUAUUAAAUGUUCAAAAAGAAACGAACUUACAACAUCUUCAGUAACAUCAGGAUAAUUGAAACUCAGAUAAGGUUUCUGGAGAUACCAUUAGAAUUCAGAUGAUAUUUUGUAAUGCUCCUAUUCGUAGACUAAAUGCAAAGGAGGUUGGGAAACAGGAGAUGCUAGUUGUGAAAUUGGAUAUGUAGGAGCAUUAUGUGAACAGUGUGAUAUUUAUGGUACUAGAGGCUCAGAAAAAUUUUAGAAUUUGUUUAAGUAUUCUUGUCAAUAAUGCUCAAGUUAGAGAUAUACAAUCUUCUAUUACAUAAUCUUAAACAUAUGGAAUAUUUUAGCCAUUGGAAUAACCGCUUUUUGUAUAAAGAGUGAUUUUAACAAGUUGUUUAGAGUAUUCUGGUUUUCAACUAUUAGUUGCAAUAAGAUAUUUCUUCAUUAUUUUUAGAUAAUAUUCUAUUUGACUAUGUUGCAAUUGAAUAUUCCCAUUCAAUUAUCUUCGAUUAUAAACUUUUUAGGAAAUCCUACAGAGUCAAUAUCCUUUUCAUUAGAUUGUGUAUGGUCUAAUUAUGAAGCUACUUUCAAUAUCAUUUAUAUUAGAGCCAUAAUUUAAAUAUUUUCACCAAUCCUCUAUUUGAUAAUUAUUGGUGUGUUCAUAUUAUUUGUAUUUAGAACAGAAAGUGAAACUCGGCAUCAUUUAAUUUUCAAUUCUCUAUAAUAUUGCAAACUCUAUUAUUCUCCAAGUAUAUUCUCCUGUUUGAUCUCUUUAAUCUCAUAUAGAGUAAUAGGAGGGAAAAAGUGGGUUCUUGCUGAUGUCACAUAUAUAUUUGAUUCACAAGAACAUUAUUUAUGGAUUUUGCAAUUCAUUAUUCCAAUAUUUAUAUUAUUUCUUAUCAUAUUGGUAUUGGACUUUGUCGCAAUAUUUUAGAGAAAAUAAUAAUUAACACUUUUAAAAACGAAAAUGAUGUUUGGUUAUUUGUACUUAAAUUAUAAAAGUAAAUAUUAUUAUUGGGAGUAUUGCAAAUUAAUAUAAAAAUUCUUAUUGGUAAUUGUGCUAUUGUAGUUCCAGGAUUAAAUAGUCUGGAAAGCAACCUUUGUAGUUUUAAUAAUAAUCGUCUAUUAACAAUUAGUAGAAAAGUUUCAACCUUAUAAAGCAUCCUUAUUUAACAAUUUAGAAAGUCAUAUGCAUAUCGUUUGCCUUACUACAAUUAUUUUUAGCAUUUUAGUUGUUUAAAGUGAACAAUACAAUUUGAAAUUCAUUGAAAUCUGCAGUUAUGUCUUUUUAAUAGCAAUAAAUGCACAAUUUUUGCUGUACCUGACCAAACUUGUGAUUAAGCUAAAUUCUUCAUAAGCGGAGAAAAUUAUAGACAAUAUAAAUUCAAAAUUAACAUCAUUAUUCCCUAUAUUAAAAUCGUAAAAGAUUGUCAAGUGCUUUAAUUACAAAAGAACUAAGAAAAGUGCUUAAAUAAGAAAGAGGUUCUAGAAUCUUGCAAGAUCAGUUAUGGAACUUGUAAAAAAUAAGGGUCCAACAACAAAGAAAUAGGAGAAGGGUAAUAGAGUGUCUAUUCGAUAUUUCUAAUAAGACUAUGAUACUGGAUAAUAGUUGACAAUCACAAAUACAAAUAUACCACAAGUAAGUGACAAUUAAAAAAUGCUAAAAACACAUACUGAAUUCAUGUAAGAUGAUGAAGGAUUAGAAACUUUUACAAUCAAUAAAUAGAUUGCUAAACCAAGACUUUGA